UUCAACAGGACUUUGAGAAUGUUUUUAGAAAAUGGUUCCCUCUGGAUUCAGCCAUUUGAAGGCUGUUUACAGCUACCUUUAGUUAGGAUUUGACAUCAUCCUUACAGUGCUAUCAAUAUAAUGAUCAUGGCUUUGAUUGAAGGAAAUUCUUGAACUGAAGAUAAAUACUGUGGUAUACAAUGAAGGUAUGGUGAUGAAGGCUCUUCUAUAAUUUAUGUUGCUGUCUUGCCCCCUUUUGACAAUCUACUAACAUCCGACCUAUGACACUUUGACCCGGAUUCACAAAAACAAGGCUUCAGCAAACUCCAGACUAAAAUACAUGUUUGUGCUGUCUUAACUGAAAACAACUCACACUGACUGAUCUUAAAAUAUUUCAGUGCCAUUGUUUUGUGUCAUACUGCUGCACUACUUUUUUUUUGAGACACAUUUAAACUAAAAGCUUUAAUGUCAUCAUUUAACUAAAGCUUAAUCUCUGUCUGUAAAACCAUGUCUUUUUAAAUAUUAUAGGGAACCUAUGUUUGUUUUAAUGUAUUCCUUUUAAAAUUUGUAUAAUCAAUUAUCUGUUGAUUAAAGGUAUAUUUACUUUUUUCUAUUUCAUAUGUGAAUUGUAUGUGUAAAUAUCUCACCACUUGAGGACAAACACUCGUACUGGCUUGGAUGCUAAUCUGUUAUUCUCUUAAAGAAUUAAUAAACCCCAAAAAUGUAUUCUUAAAUCAAGGCAGAGCAUUUUUACACUGUUAUUCAGAUUGUGACUUUCUGUGUGAGACUGACAUCUAGUGGACUUGUUUAUUACAUGACUGACAUUUUGCACACGUUUCAUAAACUCAACCAGGAAAUUCUUGAGUUCAAGGAAACUGAAACUGUUGGGCUGUUGUUUGUUUCGUCUUCUUUCUGUGAGUACAUACAGUAAAAUGGCAGAAGCCAGUAUUUCAGUGGUUCAGGAUCAGUUCAUCUGUUCAAUCUGUCUGGAUCUACUGAAGGAUCCAGUGACCAUUCCCUGUGGACACAGUUACUGUAUGAGCUGUAUUACAGACUGCUGGGAUCAGAAGAGAGACUACAGCUGCCCUCAGUGCAGACAGACCUUCACUACAAGACCUGUUUUAAAUAAAAAUGUGGUGAUUACCGAGAUGGUGGAGAUACUGAAGAAGACAAAACUACAAGCUGCUCGUCCUGAUCACUGUUAUGUUGAAGCUGGAGAUGUGGAGUGUGACGUCUGUACUGAGAGAAAACACAAAGCUGUCAAGUCCUGUCUGGUGUGUCUGAACUCUUACUGUCAAAAUCAUUUUAAACUUCAUGAAGAACUUCACUCAGGAAAGAGACACAAAGUGACAGACGCCACUGGACGACUUCAGCAGAUGAUCUGCCCUCAACAUGAGAAACCUUUAGAGAUUUACUGUAAAACUGAUCAGCUCUGUAUAUGUUAUCUGUGUAUGGUGGGGAAGCACAAAAAUCACAACACUAUACCAGCUAAAGAAGAGAGGACCGAGAAACAGAAAGAACUGAAGGAGACACAGAGAAAAUACCAGCAGAGAAUCCAGGAGAGUCAGAAGAAGCUUCAGGAGCUGAGAGAUGCUGUGGAGACUCAUAAGCGCUCUGCACAGACAGCAGUGGACGACACUGAGAGGAUCUUUACUCAACUGAUCCAAACCAUUGAGAGAAGACGAUCUGAGGUGACACAACUGAUCAGAGAUCAGGAAAAGACUGCAGUGAGUGAAGCUGAAGGACUCUUGAAGCGACUGGAGCAGGAGAUUGAUGAUCUGAGGAGGAGAGACGCUGAGCUGGAGCAGCUUUCACACACAGAUGAUCACAUCCAUUUCCUCCAGAGUUUUCAGUCUCUCUCUGUUCCUCCUGGAUCUUCAGACUCACUCAGCAUCACUGUCAGCUCUCUCAUCUCUUUUGAUGAUGUAGGAAAAUCUGUGUCUCAUCUGAGAGAGAAACUGAAGGAUUUCUGUAGAGAAGAGAUAGAAAAUAUAUUUGAUAAAAGUAAAGCACCUGAACCUGAGACCAGGGAGCAGUUCCUAAAAUAUUAUCAUCACUUCACUGCAGAUCCAAACACAGCACAUAAACGUCUCUGUCUGUCUGAGGGGAACAGAGUGAUUACUAACACUGACACAGAGCAGCCGUAUCCUCAUCAUCCAGACAGAUUUGAUGUUUAUUUUCAGGUGUUGUGUAGUGAGAGUUUGAGUGGACGCUGUUACUGGGAGGUUGAGUGGAGUGGAAAUGUGCGCAUAUCAGUGUCAUAUAAGAGCAUCAACAGGAAGGGAGGGGGUAAUGAGUGUUUGUUUGGACGUAAUGAUCAGUCCUGGAGUUUGCGCUGCUGUGGCUCCAGUUGUUUAUUCAGGCACAAUAACAUUGAGACUAAACUCCCAGUAGUGUUCAGAUCUUCUAGAAUAGGAGUUUAUGUGGAUCACAGUUCAGGAUCUCUGUCCUUCUACAGCGUCUCUGACACAAUGACCCUCAUCCACAGAGUCAACACCACAUUCACUAAACCUCUCUAUCCUGGGUUUUAUGUUUAUCUUGGAUCAGUAAAACUGUGUGAUCUAACAAUAUAGAUGAUACAGAGAGUCUACAAAUGAUUUUGUCAUAUUAAAAGUCUGAACAUGAUGAAUCAACAACAAAGAAAUAAUAAGUCUUUACUUUACUAAUCAGCAAUUUUAAAUAACUGAUUGUAAUGUUAUAUUUUAAUAAUUGUAUUUUGUCUUGUCAAACAGAGGUAGCUGUACAGUAGUUAUUCACAGUUAAUAUUAUUAAUCUACAGCCGUGUAUUAUUUUAUGUGCACAAACCACUAUGAAAUAAAAUGUUAUACAAGCCACUAAAAUGUAUGAGUCUGAAUUUAAUUUAAUUUAAUUAAUCUUAAUUUACUUUAAGACAAACAUUUAAUACAUUUAAUUUGAGAUUACUUUAAUCCAAAAUGCACAAUGGUGAAUAUACAACGGUGCAUUUAUACUAAACAUUUCUAACAAUAUGUUUA